CUGUGAACUGGCAGAAUGUCCCCCAGGAAUUUGGCGAUAGGAAUGGUCUUCUUAUCCCAGACUGUAGCUGGAGUCUUUGGAAACUUGUCUCUUCUGUAUCAUUAUCUUUUUCUUUACUGCACUGGGGGCAGGUUAAGGUCAACAGAUUUGAUUAUAAAGCACCUGCUUGUAGCCAAUUCCUUAGUCUUAUUCUCCAACGGGGUCCCCCGGACAAUGGCAGCUUUGGGGUGGAAACAAUUCCCCAGUGAUGUUGGAUGCAAACUCCUUUUCUACCUUCACAGAGUGGGCAGGGGUGUGUGCAUUGGCAGCACCUGCCUCUUGAGUAUCUUCCAGGUCAUCACCAUCAGCCCCAGGAGCUCCAGGUGGGCAGAGCUUAAAGUGAAAGCUCCCAGGUACAUCGGCCUCUCCAUAUCCCUGUGCUGGCUUCUCUUCAUGCUGGUAAAUAUCAUUUUUCCUAUGCACAUUACCGGCAAUUGGAGAAAUGAUACCAUCAAAGCGGAAAAAGAUUAUGGGUACUGCUCUUCUAAAUUUCAUAAUAAAAUCACAGUCUCACUCUAUGCUGCAUUGUUAUCAUUCCCUGAUGCUCUGUGUUUGGGGCUCAUGCUCUGGGCCAGCGGCUCCAUGGUUUCCAUCCUGUACAGGCACAAGCAGCAGGUCCAGCACAUCCACAGGACCAGCCUCUCCCCCAGGUCCUCCCCUGAGUCCAGAGCUACACAAACCAUCCUUUUACUGGUGAGUACAUUUGUAACCUUUUAUACCCUCUUCUCCAUCUGUCAGUUUUGUAUUGCUGUUUUUGAUAAUCCCAGUUUGAAGCCUGUGAAUAUGGCUGCACUGUUUUCUGCAUGUUUCCCGACUGUUAGCCCCUUUGUUUUCAUGGGCCGAGACUCCAGUGUCUCCAGACUCUGCUUUGCCUGGGUAAGGAAUACAAAGUUGCCUAAUCUUAUUAGAAAUACAUAA